AUGUCCACCCGCACAGACUCCUCCGCCGUUCCAACCCCCCCAGCCCCCGCCGGCCGGAGCGAUGCCCGUUUCGAAACCAGCGCCGCCUGGGCCGCUGCAGAGGCUUCCACUAAUACCCUUUCUAACGAGGUCAACCGCAACGCCUCGCAGCUCCAGACCGCAGCUGGCCAGGCUGCCUCCGAAGCUCAACAAACCGAGCCUCAAGUCGUGUCCGCAGUGAAUGAGCUUGAAGCCGGACGCGCCGUCAGCCAACAGAUGGACCAGGCUACCACGCAGGGCAUGUUCGACGUCGAGUCCGCGAAGGCGACGGCCUCAAGCGCAGUCGAGCAGGCACGGUCAAUGGCCAACAGCGCUUACCAAACAGCUCAGUCGUUGUUCAACGGUUCACAAACCUCCGAUAACACGACUGCAGGCAACGUCUCAUCUACCGUUCAGUCCACUGCGUCGUCAGCCCUGCAAACCGGCAAGGAGUACUUGGCAUCCGCGCAGACUGUUGCCCAGCCGCAUAUCGACAAGGCGAAGACCAUGCUGAGUGGUACAGCUACUUGGAAUGACAGUGCUGCGUCGUCGAGACCCAGCGAAGUCCCCGCGUCUACUGCGCCAUUCGAGUCAGGUAGCCAAGUUGUCGGCAACCCAUACCCCGCAACGACCACGGGCCAGAAUACCAAGGUCGGCGAGGUCUAA